AUGUCUUCCUCUUCCGCCGCCUGCAUCUUCUGCAAGAUCAUCAAGGCUCUUCCAGAUGGCUUAAUUCCCCGCAUAAUUCGUCUCCUCGACCCGGCCCGACGCGCCGCGGACAGUCCAGGUGAUAUCCCUUCAUUUAAGCUCUUCGAGAGCGACAAGGUCUUUGCUUUCCUUGAUAUCCAGCCUCUGAGCCGGGGCCAUGCGCUCGUCAUUCCCAAGUACCACGGUGCUAAGUUGACCGACAUCCCCGACGAUGAUCUUCUGGAAGUCCUGCCCGUCGCCAAAAAGAUCGCUCUCGCCAGCGGCGCCACCGAUUUCAACAUUCUCCAAAAUAACGGGCGCAUUGCGCACCAGGUUGUCGACCACAUCCCCAAACCGAACGAGAAAGAAGGUCUCGGGAUCCAGUGGCCCACCAAGGAGACGGAGAUGGAUAAGCUCAAGGCUUUGCACGAGGAGAUUCUGUCGAAGAUGUAA